GACUCAGGAAGCUGCACAUGAACCAUGUUUCCGCUGCUGCUGGCUGCUGUGGUGCUGGGAGGAUACAUCAUCCUCACGCAGACGAUCUUCCGAAGGGCCAAAUGUCGAGGGAACGCAGCGAUGGCCGGAAAGACCGUCGUCAUCACAGGAGGAAACACCGGCAUCGGUAAAGCCACGGCGCUGCACCUGGCCAGGAAGGGAGCCAGAGUGAUCCUGGCCUGUCGAAGCCGGGACAAGGCCGAAGCUGCUAUUGCUGAUAUACAACAGGAGACAGGAAGUACUGACGUUGUCUACAUGCUGUUGGACCUGGCCAGUCUCAAGUCCGUCCGCUGCUUCGCCGAAUCUUUCCUGAAAACUGAAUGUCGGCUUGAUCUGCUCAUCAACAACGCUGGUUUGGUCGCUGACGGACGGACGGAGGACGGCUUCGGCAUCGAGUUCGGAGUGAACCACCUGGGUCAUUUCCUGUUGACCUGCCUGCUGCUGGAGAGGCUGAAGGAGGCCGGGGGCGGUCGGGUGGUCACCCUGUCCUCCAUGGCUCACCGCUGGGGACACAUCGACUUCGAGGCUCUGGCGGUGGACAAACAUCUGGGCACCGGCGGGUACAGCUGGCAGUUCUUCAUGGCGUACUGCAACAGUAAACUCUGCAACGUCCUCUUCACCCACGAGCUCGCCAAGAGGCUGAAAGGAACCAACGUCACCUGCUACAGCGUCCACCCUGGUAAUUCACCUUGACCUUCACUUUGACCUCCAGCUGCUCUCA